CUAUAAGGCUGUACUUUUACGGUACAUAAGUUUGUAGAUCUACUAUAUAACACUCUCACUCCCAUCCCAUGAACAGUGUCCACAGUUGACCACUUCCAUAUGUCGAGCUUCACCGGUAGAGAGCUGCUGCUACGUGGCCCUCAUCUUGCCCAGUUUCUCUACUGUCUAUACGGUGGUGCACUCUCAUAUGUCGCCAUCACCAACCUACGAAAGUAUGAGGCUACGUCCAAGAAGCUGGCGGAGUGGUCCAAGGAGGCCGAAACUCAGCUGUGGAAGACCAGAACGACACAGGCUUCAGGUGCACUGGCAAUUCUUGCGUCUUUCAUUGGAGCAUUCAGCCUGACUUUCUUUCCCAACGCCCUACCAAGACUCAUGCGUAUGACCACCUCUCCCGUCUUAGUCGUCUUGGUCCUCUUCACCCGCGGCCACAUUAAGAACUACUGGGCACCUAAAGACGGGAAGAACAUCACUCGCAUUCCUCUCCCGAAAAUGGAAGAUUACAACGAAGCCGAGCGCAGGACGGAAAACCUGCUCAAGGCGCUUGAGUACCUGGAGUACAGCUGGGUGUUGACAAGCUUCAUUCACGGUAUGGUGGGAUAUUAGUGAAGCACCAGGGGCGUUGUUCAGCCACGCACAAGCAAGACAGUAUUAAGCACGUUGAGCUCUGCUCCGUCGUCGCGCCGCGCACGUCUGUCGCCAAACGUCAUUUUGAGACGAGAGAUGUCUGUUCCACAUCCAUACGGCGUUCUGUAGCCCUCCUAUAACCCAUCACUUGCCAUGCGCUGGAUGUCGUAGCCAUCUCUGCCAAAAGCUUGUGUAUUAUCCACACCUAGGCCAAUGUACACCUGUA